UCAAACAUGAACAACUCUGCUAAGAUAUGUUCCAGAUACGAAACUGCUGGGCAAGCCUAUCAAGGCUGUCGUAAAGUGCUGUUUCUUGUCCGAAUUUGACAAACUUAAACCGCUGCUGGUGAAAAUGAAGAAGAUGGUAACGGUUCUCCUUCAGAUGAUAUCAGAUUCAGAGAAGAGCUAUUUUCUGAAAUUGAACACUGUUAGCUUUUCGGGAGAUGACCCACAAGAGCAUUCAAUCACAAAAACCUUGAAUGUGAUUCUUCUCACUUUUUUUAUGCAUUGCACCAUUUCAACACGUUAGGGCCACGGUAGAUUUUGGAAUAAUUUGGGGGUCGGAGCAGGGAGUUUCUGAUUCGGAGACCGGUGUAGCUACCGGUCUAGAGUUUCGAUACCGGCGCGAGAAUUUCGUCGAAAAUCUUUAAGUUACCUAACUUUAGCAUCUUAAAAUCUGUAGCGAUGUAUAUCAAAUGUGGAGCAAGGUCAAUGUUUAAAGAAGUUAUGAAGGUAUUAUGAAGUCGUGUGUGGGACAAAAAGAGCAACAUGUCCAUCGAGGAACAGGAGUUAGUUAAAAACAUUGCUGGUUUUUCGAAAAAUGACGACAAAGAUUUAAAGUACGAAAAAACAGCGACAGUCCGUUCUAGCAAAAGCGAGCAAAAAAAGUAUUCUAAGUUGGAAAAGUUUUUGUUUUGGUCUAGUAUAAACCAAAAGUUUAAGAGCAGUUCCAAAUUGCGAAGAAAAUUAUACACCGAAAUUAGAAGAAAAGGAUUUAUUGUCUCCGAAGAAAUUAAAGGAAUAAUCUUUGAUUUUCAGAAAAGAAGAAAUAAUUUUGCUACCUGUUCAAAAAAAGUACCCAACGGCCUUUUUAUGUCAAAACAAUUUUUGUGCAAGUGUGAGUGGCUUCUUUACAAUCCUGUAACUUUACCUUGUGGUCAUACUUUGUGCAAAGAAUGUGCUGAUGAAGCAAUGUUUUGUCUUGUUUGUGGUAUUACACUAGAUAGAUCAUGCCCUGUUAAUAUUUUUCUUGCUGCAAUACUUUCAAAUUGGUUUCCUACCGAAUACAAGGCCACCAAACUUAAAAAGAUUGCUAAAAAUCAGAUGAAAAAUAACAGUUUGUCGUUAGCACUUUCUAGUGUAAAUAAAGCUUUACUUCUAGUUGCUGAAGAUUACAUUGGACUAAAUUUAAGAUCAGAAAUAUAUACAAAAUUACAACGUUAUUCUGAAGCUUUUAGGGAUGUGGAGUUGGCAUGUAAAAUCAAUCAUCAUGAUGCAAAACUUCAGUUUCAACGAGGUGUUUGUUAUUCAAAUCUCGGUAAUUUAGAAUCCGCAAUUGAUGCUUUUCAACUUUGCCUUGAAUUAGAUCCAGAAAAUAUGGAACUGUCAAAUGCUGUUAUUUCAAGAAUUGACGAAUUACUUUCCCUUCCUGAUUCAGAAGAAAAAAAUAAUUUACCAAAUGAAUUCAAUAGAAAUCCACUCCUUGACCAAGAUAGUGAUAAUAAAGGUUCUGCGAAACCGUCCACUUAUACUGGUCAUGAUGAUUCAACAAAAUUUGACCACACGGCAAAAACAUAUUCCACUACUAAUAGUAGGACUCAUAUACAAGAUGAAUUAGUCAGUAAUAGUAUUUCUGACUGUGAAGUUGUAGUCAGUCAGCAAAUAUCACCUAAAUCCAACCAUGUAAACAGUAAAGAUACAUUAACUAGUAACUGCAAUAAAAAAUCUGAUAAAAAUAGUUCUAGUAAAAAUUGUGAAAUUUUGAAUAAUCGUUUAUCUGAUUUAAAAGAAAAACCUUCGUGUUCGAAAGAAAGAAAAGAAUACAAAAUGCUAAGUCAUGACAAUAUAUCACACAUUGAAUUACUUUCAAAACAUCAGAAUACACCGGUGGAAAAAUUUUUAGGAGUACCAAAACAUGCGUUAAAAGAAGAAGAUUUUGAAUGCAAGUUGUGUUAUGAUAUUAUUUAUAAUCCUGUGACAGCACCAUGUGGACAUGUUUUUUGUAGACAUUGUUUAUUACGGACACUAGACCAUAACACUUUGUGUCCCAUUUGCAGAGAAUGUUUGAAAGACUAUUUAGGGAAACCAUCCAAACCAGUGACUGAAAUUAUUGUAAAAAUGUUAGAACUGUAUUUCAACAAGGAGUAUUCUGAAAGAAAAAAAGCAUACAUGGACAAUCUGGAGAAGUUAUCAAGAGUGGGAAUAGACAAAGAUGUUCCAAUACCGAUCUUUGUGUGUUCAAUUGCUUUUCCAUAUGUUGGUUGUCCGCUACAUAUUUUUGAGCCCAAAUAUCGACUGAUGAUUCGAAAUUGUUUGGAAUCGGGUUCAAAGAAGUUUGGUAUGUGCAUCCCUCAGUCACCCCAAUCAGAGAAUGGAGACUUCGCUGAUAUAGGUACAAUCUGUGAAAUCACGAAAUAUAAAGUACUAUCCGAUGGAAGAUUUAUCAUUCAUACUGUUGCAGGACAAAGAUUUUUAGUAAAAGAAAAAAGGAUUGUCGAUUCUCUCUAUUAUGCGGAUGUGGAUUAUUUUUGUGACGAGCCAGAAGAUUUGAGUCAUGAAAGGUUUUCCUUGUUGUCAACUUGUAUAUACAAUCAGUUAUCGGCAUACAUAACUGGUUUGAAGUCUGCCGAGCAAAGCUGCAUUUUUAACGCGAUCGGUAGAUUGCCACCAUACACACAAAAUUAUGGACAGUACCAACAUGGCGUACCCUGGAUUUGGUGGGGAUUAGCUGCACUUCCGUUGAACUUGACGACCAAAGUGGUUUUCCUUCGUUCGAAAUGUGUUAGUGAACGAAUGCUAAGCUUGCAAAGAUUUCUACGUUUUCUUACUAAUUUAAACAAUGCAUCAAAUAAUUCAACAGCUGGAACUCGUUAAGCCAGCUUAAACUCGUUGAGCCAGCUUAUUUAUCACAAGGCCACAAAUUCGCGAAUUUACGUAUUUGCACUUUCAUUCUCAAAUAUUUUUAUUUUCUUUAAAAAAAAGUUAAAAAAAUAAACUUUGUUUUGUUCUUAGUCUAUAAAGGCAUUCAAACUAAGUACUAAGUCUCGACAUUCUUAUAAAUUCUGUUCUUAAAAUAGAAAACUUGUAUUAUUUUCUUGCUAAACUCGUGAAGAAAGUUUCAGAUAUUUCUUAUGCUCUUGUUCAAUUUGCCAUGUUUCAUUAUUCGAAAAGUACUUCAUUAGAGAUUCACAAUUAUAAAUCUUUGGGAGAAUAAACUUUCGCGAAUCAAGAAUUACGUAGUUUCAUGAAAAUGCUAUAAAUAGGCUAGUUUUCUUCAGUUACAUAACUUUGUCAAAUUUCGUGUUUAGCACUCGUGAUAAAAUAUGUGAAUGUAAAAAAAAAAUGAUGACAGUCUAUUUUUGGUAAAGUAUUGAUAUUUUUUGAUAAAACAGUAGUUCUGUGAGUAAUAAAGAGUACAAAUAUAGUCUUAUUAAAAAAGAACCUAUAUGGAAUGAAGUCAUGUGAUAUUUGCCCAUAAAAAAAAGUAUAUAAAAUCACUGUAGGUUUCUAAAAAACUGACUUCCCCGAAAUUAGGUAUUCUUAAUAUUGUAACUAAUUUUUUACUAUUGUACUAUUGUCCGAGUAUUUUUUUUAAUUCACUGUAGAUUUUAGAAAUGUAUAAAUGACUAAUAUUUUUAUAAAGCGGAAAAUUAUUUAUAAAUUAAAUUCUGUUUGAUCUCAUAACUGCCUCACCGGUCUUUAAGCAACACACUACGUUCUUCAACCCAACCUCGUCCCCAGGGGCUUUUGCCUUUUUGACAUGCUUGACAUAGGCAACAAAUCCUGGGGACAAGGAUGUUCUUGCUUUUUACAUAUUUAUACCUGCCAUGCCAUGCCAUGCUGACAUUUUUUGAAAAAUUAUACCAUGCUUAAACCCAUUUAAAUCUGAGGAAGGGCGGGAUCGUGAAAGGGCUUACAGAUAAAACAAAAAACUCUUAAUGACUUAUUUUUAAGGUUUGAUUAAACUUUAAAUACAAAAGCUGUAUUAUAUUAUGUCAAUCUCUUUAAGAAAUACUCUGAAAGUUGAAAGUCCCCCUGUUAACUGUUUUCCACUAUAUCAGCCAUUGUUGUUUGUUGCAAAGUUUUUAGAGAACUUUUUUUGUAAGUUAUCUAUUUGCCGGAUCUUUUUUGACCUUUUUUUCCGUCAUGACGAAUGGCUCUUUUGCCCCUCCGCGUUCUCCCAGUAGAUGGCUCCAAAUAGGCUGACAACACCACACUUGCUGUUGUGGAGGCGAACUCGAACCUGAAACUUCAUGAUCACAAGUCCAAUGCUCAACUCACUACACUAUAUCCACCAUCUGAAAUUGUGAUAAACUUCCAUCUUCAUUUUUUUAUUUAUUCUGCUCUAAUAAGAAAUACAAGUGUGGGGCGCCACACUUGUAUUUCUAUUUUUUCUUCAUAACUAUGAGAAGGAAGUUAAAAAAAAAAAAAAUUCUAAAAAAAAAAAUAAACCGCCCCUGCCAAAUAAGCGCCCCUGUUGAGAUGAAACUUUUAAAUAAGCGCCCGGGCGCUUAAUCUGUU